GCGGGGUGAGAGGUCAGCGGAGCGUCGGUCGGCGGGGGCGACAAUGGCGGGGCUCUGGGUGCGGACGGCGGUGCUGGUCGCGGCCGGGCGGCGUGGACGGCGGUGGCCGCAGCCGCUGAUGAGGGGCGCAGCGCUGUGGACCCUGAAGCAUGUUCCACACUACUCAAGACCGCACUUAAUGGUGUCCCGUCGUCUCUGUUCAGCAGGAUAUGAUUCUAAUGAAAAAACUUUUGAUAAAAUUCUUAUUGCUAAUAGAGGAGAAAUUGCAUGUAGGGUUAUUAAAACUUGCAAGAAGAUGGGCAUUAAGACGGUUGCCAUCCAUAGUGAUGUUGAUGCUAGUUCUGUUCAUGUGAAAAUGGCGGAUGAGGCUGUCUGUGUUGGCCCAGCUCCCACCAGUCAAAGCUACCUCAACAUGGAUGCCAUCAUGGAAGCCAUUAAGAAAACCAGGGCCCAAGCUGUACAUCCAGGUUAUGGAUUCCUUUCAGAAAACAAAGAAUUUGCCAAAUAUCUGGCCGCAGAAGAUGUCGUUUUCAUUGGACCUGACACACAUGCUAUUCAAGCCAUGGGUGACAAGAUUGAAAGCAAAUUAUUAGCUAAGAAAGCAAAGGUUAACACAAUCCCUGGCUUUGAUGGAGUAGUCAAGGAUGCAGAUGAAGCUGUCAGAAUUGCAAGGGAAAUUGGCUACCCUGUCAUGAUCAAGGCCUCAGCAGGUGGUGGUGGGAAAGGCAUGCGAAUCGCCUGGGAUGAUGAAGAGACCAGGGAUGGCUUUAGAUUUUCAUCUCAAGAAGCUGCUUCUAGUUUUGGUGAUGAUAGACUACUAAUAGAAAAAUUUAUCGAUAACCCUCGUCAUAUAGAAAUCCAGGUUUUAGGUGACAAACACGGGAAUGCGCUGUGGCUCAACGAAAGGGAGUGCUCAAUUCAGCGAAGAAAUCAGAAAGUGGUGGAGGAAGCACCAAGCAUUUUUCUGGAUUCGGAGACUCGAAGAGCAAUGGGAGAACAAGCUGUAGCUCUUGCCAAAGCAGUGAAAUAUUCCUCUGCUGGGACCGUGGAAUUCCUUGUGGACUCAAAGAAGAAUUUUUAUUUUUUGGAAAUGAAUACGAGACUCCAGGUUGAGCAUCCCGUCACAGAAUGCAUUACCGGCCUGGACCUAGUCCAAGAAAUGAUCCGUGUUGCCAAGGGUUACCCUCUCAGGCACAGACAAGCUGAUAUUCCCAUCAAUGGCUGGGCAGUCGAAUGUCGGGUUUAUGCUGAGGACCCCUACAAGUCCUUUGGCUUACCGUCCAUUGGGAGAUUGUCUCAGUACGAAGAACCAAUACAUCUACCUGGUGUCCGGGUUGACAGCGGCAUCCAACCAGGAAGUGAUAUUAGCAUUUAUUAUGAUCCAAUGAUUUCAAAACUGAUCACGUAUGGUUCUGAUAGAACUGAAGCACUGAAGAGAAUGGAAGAUGCGCUGGAUAAUUACGUUAUUCGAGGUGUUACGCAUAAUAUUGCAUUACUCCGAGAGGUGAUAAUCAACUCACGCUUUAUAGAAGGAGACAUCAACACUAAAUUUCUCUCUGAUGUAUAUCCCGAUGGCUUUAAAGGACACAAGUUAACAGAGAAUGAGAGAAACCAGUUAUUGGCAAUAGCAUCAUCAUUGUUCGUGGCAUUCCAAUUAAGAGCACAACAUUUUCAAGAACAUGAAAAUUCAAGAGUGCCUAUUAUUAAACCACAAGAGGCUAACUGGGAGCUCUCAGUAAAAUUGCAUGAUGAAGUUCAUACUGUCGUAGCAUCAAACAGUGGGCCAACCUUCUCUGUGGAAGUUGAUGGGUCGAAACUAAAUGUGACCGGCACGUGGAACCUGGCUUCACCCUUAUUGUCUGUCAACGUCGAUGGCACUCAGAGGACGAUACAGUGCCUUUCUCGAGAAGCAGGUGGAAACAUGAGCAUUCAGUUUCUUGGUACAGUGUAUCAGGUGCAUAUCUUAACCAAACUGGCUGCAGAACUGAACAAAUUUAUGCUGGAAAAAGUGGCUGAGGACACAAGCAGUAUUCUGCGCUCCCCAAUGCCUGGCGUGGUGGUGGCCGUCUCUGUCAAGCCUGGAGACAUGGUAGCAGAAGGUCAGGAAAUUUGUGUGAUUGAAGCCAUGAAAAUGCAGAACAGCAUGACAGCUGGGAAAACUGGCAAGGUGAAAUCAGUGCAGUGCAAAGCUGGGGACACAGUUGGAGAAGGAGAUCUGCUCGUGGAACUGGAAUGAAGUAUUUAUAGCCUUUCAGUCAUCACCCAAUUUAAUUAGCCAUUUGUAUUAUUAUUCUUUCACACUCAAUUUAGUCAGGCGUUUUGCAGGAACACCCCUGUGCAGCAGAUUUUACAUGGUCAUAUUUAUUCCACAUAUAGUCAAAACCAACAUUCUGCCAAAAAAUCACCAAUGGAAAUUUUUAUUGAUAUAAAUACUUGUACAUAUGAUUUGUACUUCUGCUGUGAGAUUUCCUAGUGUCAAAAUUAAAUCAAUAAAGCUGAGCAUUUGUCUAAA